AUGAAUCGCAGACCACCAGACCAGGUUUGCGUAUUGGCGACGGAAAGCUGGGGACUACUCCGGAGCGCGCUCAUCUCAGUGGCAUUUGUCGCACUCGUGUUUGUGGGACUCAUCGCUGCGAAUAGGUGUGAGCAGCAGAUGGUUCAUCGUUGCAUGGGCACUGCUGCUAUGCCUGGUGGAGCCGUGGACAUUGGUGAGCGGUUCGGGCCCACUUGUCGUUAAGCCCGAUGUCUGUUCAGGCAAGUGCCUAUCGUUGCUCUCCUGUCCGCGGAUGGGUUACAUUACAGUUUAGUGCCGUGUCGGGACAGCAGGACUGAGU